ACUAGAUGGAGUUAAAGUCUUAGAUCUGACGAGGGUUCUUGCUGGACCUUUUGCUACUAUGAUAUUAGGAGAUUUGGGAGCUGAGGUGAUUAAAGUUGAGCGACCAGGCUCAGGAGCUGACACAAGAUCUUGGGGCCCUCCGUUUGUGGGUGAAGAGAGUGCUUAUUUCCUGAGUGUGAACAGGAACAAAAAGAGCAUCGCUGUUAAUCUUAAAGAUCCAAAGGGCACCAAACUUGUAACUGAGCUUGCCAACAUCUGUGAUGUUCUGGUGGAGAAUUUCUUGCCCGGGAAGCUGAAUGAGAUGGGACUUGAGUACGAGGAGUUGAGUAAAGUGGCCUCUCAGAUCAUCUAUUGCUCUAUAACAGGAUAUGGACAGACGGGCCCCGAGUCACACAAGCCUGGAUAUGACUCCAUUGCGUCUGCGGUGUCUGGUAUGAUGCACAUCACUGGUCCUGAGGAUGGAGACCCAGUCAGACCAGGUGUUGCAAUGACAGAUCUGGCCACUGGUUUAUACACUCUUGGAGCUGUCAUGGCUGCUUUGCUUCAGCGACAGAAAACAGGACGAGGCCUUCAUAUAGACUGCAAUCUUCUGUCUUCACAGGUUGCUUGUCUAACUCACAUCGCUGCCAACUACCUCAACGCUGGUAUCGAAGCCAGGCGAUGGGGAACAGCCCAUGGGAGCAUUGUCCCUUAUCAGGUUGCUCACAAUGGCCUUUAUUUUGGAAAUGGACCACCCAACAUCAGGAAGAAUAGCAGUGCCAGGUUUGUAUAGAAUUUGCUGUUGGUGAAGUGCAGAACAUUCUCUGCCAUUCCCAUUUCGAUCAUUUUUAAGCAUGUAUUUCCAAGGUAAAACUGAAAUGUGGUGUUCUUAGGAACCAGGGUUGAAAAUUAAUGGGGGCUUA